CUUUGCUGUUUUGGCAGGAAGCACAAUGGCCCAGACCCUGAACGUUCUGCUAUGGAAGACAUUGAUCUUGAGGAAGCGACGUUGGAUAAUCACACUCUUAGAGAUCGCCAUCCCGAUACUGCUCUUCUAUCUGCUCGUCUAUCUCCAAAACCUGUCAAGCGUCGAUAGCGAAGACAAGAUUGUGUACGAUGACCAAGCUCGUAAAUACACUGACACCCCAUCAUCCUUAGUAUACAUUAAAGGCUACAAGAUUGCGUAUACGGCCCCCUCAGCCGUCUCCGCAAGCUGUGACGUCAUCAUGAAAGCAGUGCAAGCAACCUUGGGCAAAAAUACUAAAGUGACGAUGGUCUCCCAACCCGAUGAGAACAGUGUCGUGAGUUGGUUGCGGCAGCAGUACAUCGACGAGAACGGCAAUUCCGACAGCAUCUUCGGCAACAGCGACCUCUCCGCAGGCGUGGGUGUCAUCUUCGCUGAUUCCUCGUCCACCAGCCUUAAGUACACCCUCCGGACCACCAAAGAGACCUUGUUUCAGACAUCGGAAGACACACUCUACGGGGAACAAAGUAGAGGUAUAGGUCUCUCCUUGUACCAGAGUAGCGGAUUUUUGAGUGUGCAGGCUGCUAUUGAUCAAGCUUACCUCGCUAGCCAACAAGGCAUCAGUAUUCCGGAAAAUGUGAUCAUAGAAAAACUUCCGUACCUCAGUACGACUCAGUUCAACCUGGUGAAGAGUCUCCUACCUUACAUUGUUACCUUGUCCUUCACAUUCGUCAUGCCCUCUCUCAUGGGAGGACUGGUGGAGGAGAAAACUUCAGGAAUAAAAGAGAUGAUGAAGAUGAUGGGACUCAAGUCUUGGGUGAACUGGGUCAACUGGCUUGUCUACAGCAUGGUGGUCUACAUCCCUGUUACUCUGGUUGUCACAGGAUUACUGACUAUAGACACAGGCUCUGGGCCUCCAAUCGACGCAAACUUCUCCAUAGUCUGGAUUAUGUUCUUUCUGUUCACAAUCGUCUUCGUGACAUUCGUGUUUGCACUCAGCACCUUCUUCACUAACGGGACCAUAGCACUGAUAGUGGGGGAACUUCUGUGGUACGUAGUAUCAAUUGUACUGGACUCAACCUUCGUCGCUUCUCCAAGCAAGUUCAGUCAGGUGGUGAACGUAAUCACCUGUCUGUGGCCUCCAGUAGCACUCCAAUGGGGUCUCAACUCCAUCAACAACUUUCAGAGAAACAGCCACCCUUGGACUUAUAGUGAUAUGUUUGAUGACGGUGCUGGAGGAGGCAGAGUGUCAGUGGGUGUAGCUAUCAUCAUGAUGAUAGUGGACUGUCUUCUGUUCAGUAUUAUCACUUGGUAUGUGGAAAACGUCAACCCAGGACCAUACGGCUUAGCCAAACCUUACACUUUUGUUUUCCAGUGCUUUAAAAAGAGUACUUACGACUCAAGAACAACUCAAACAACACCGUUAUCAAAUAAGUAUGAAGCUGCCCCAAGAGACGCAAGAGUCGGUAUCCGAAUAGAAAAUCUUAGAAAGACUUUCAGUAGAGGGAAGGUUAUUGCUGUAGAAAAUGUUAAUUUAGACAUUUAUGAGGGCAACAUAACUGCUCUACUGGGGCACAAUGGAGCAGGGAAAACCACUACUAUGUCCAUGAUCUCAGGCUUCAUCACACCAACCAAAGGCAAAGUUAUUGUCAAAGACAAGAACAUAUUUGACAACAUGGAACAGUUCCGCUCCAACCUCGGCUUGUGUCCUCAACACAAUGUCCUCUUCUCAUUCUUCACCGUCAUCGAACAUCUCAUAUUCUUCGGGAUGCUGAAAGGAUUUAGCAGGAAGGAGAGCAGAGAAGAGGGGAUGCAACUGCUAAGAAUCUGGGGAUUGGAGGGGAAGAGGAAUGAUGCAGUGUCAAAGCUGUCUGGUGGAAUGAAGAGAAAGCUUUGCUUGUCCAUUGCACUCAUUGGGAACCCUUCGGUCCUUAUGCUUGAUGAACCGACGUCAGGGUUAGAUCCUGAAUCUCGACGCCAAGUCUGGGAUGUGUUAUUGGGUUUCCGAGGUCAACGAAUCACCCUAAUCACGACACACUUCAUGGAGGAGGCAGAUGUACUGGGAGAUAGAAUAGCCAUCAUGGACCAUGGUGAAGUCAGUUGCUACGGUACUUCUAUGUUCCUCAAGAAACUUUACUCGACCGGCUACCAGUUAAACGUGUCCAAGGCCGAUCACACACCAGUGCCUCCCAUCACACGAGCUGUUGAGCAGUUUGUCUCCAGUUCUGGCCUGAAGGUGGCGUCUCCUAGUACAUACAAAGAAUUGAUUAUGAUCCUCACAUUUCAGCGACCGGCUACCAGUUUAAACGUGUCCAAGGCUGAUCACACACCAGUGCCUCCCAUCACACGAGCCGUUGAGCAGUUUGUCUCCAGUUCUGGCCUGAAGGUGGCGUCUCCUACGACCGGCUACCAGUUAAACGUGUCCAAGGCCGAUCACACACCAGUGCCUCCCAUCACACGAGCUGUUGAGCAGUUUGUCUCCAGUUCUGGCCUGAAGGUGGCGUCUCCUACGACCGGCUACCAGUUAAACGUGUCCAAGGCCGAUCACACACCAGUGCCUCCCAUCACACGAGCCGUUGAGCAGUUUGUCUCCAGUUCUGGCCUGAAGGUGGCGUCUCCUACGACCGGCUACCAGUUAAACGUGUCCAAGGCCGAUCACACACCAGUGCCUCCCAUCACACGAGCUGUUGAGCAGUUUGUCUCCAGUUCUGGCCUGAAGGUGGCAUCACCUACGCUGGUCACGUACUACAUCAACUCCGACCAGGCGACACGAUUUCCUGAUCUGUUUGCUGCUUUAGAGAGCCGCCGAAACUACCUGGGUCUGACUGGUAUCAACGUGUCAUGUUCUACAUUGGAGGAUGUCUUUCUGAAAGUUGCUGAAAGAACUGGAGACAUGAGUGACAAGAAUGAAGAAAUCAUUAUUUCAGAUUUUGUUGGAAAACACGAAAAAGUAAGCGGCUUUAGGCUCUUCUUCCAACAAUUAAAAGCAUUGGUCUACAAGAGGGUGCUAAGCAGAAUACGGACAUGGUUCAGCUCAUUGUUGUUCGUUCUGUUGCCGAUUCUGAUGAUGAUUUACACUGUGACAAGGUUCAUGGAAGCAGAUAUCACCCCUCUUCAGCCAGAGCUGCAGAUCAGUGUCAAAAGUUUCCCUGGAGUCCAUGUGGCUGUAUCAUCUGACGUUCAGGCUGCAACUUCUGUACUACUGAACGUGUUGGGCUCCACCUACGAGGGUAUCCCUACAGGCACCGAUUUCAACUCCUACAUGAAAAACAAAAUAGACGACAAUUUGAUUCAGUACGAGAGACAGAUGAUUGCAGGAAUCAAGUACAACAGCAGUUUAUUUCUUGGCGAGUACAGUCAGUCAUUCUACCACUCAUCUGCAUUGGUGCUAAACAUAGUGGCAAAUACUCUUCUCCAACAAAAAAGUGCACAAUCCAGCAUCGUCAUCUCAAACCAUCCCAUUGCCAUCCAGAAAAGUAAGUGUUUCAGCAGUUCCUUUGUAACAAAGAUCGGUCAAUAUUCCUACCAUUCAUCUGCAUUGGUGCUAAACAUAGUGGCAAAUAAUCUUCUUCAACAGAAAAGUGGAAAGUCCAGCAUCGUCAUCUCAAACCAUCCCAUCGCCAUUCAGAAAAGUGUAAGUGCUCUCAGCAGUUCCUUUGUAACAAAGAUCGGUCAAUAUUCCUACCAUUCAUCUGCAUUGGUGCUAAACAUAGUGGCAAAUACUCUUCUCCAACAGAAAAGUGCACAAUCAAGCAUCGUCAUCUCAAACCAUCCCAUUGCCAUCCAGAAAAGUCAAAACAUCUGUGAUCUGUCCAUGCUAGCACCAUCCCACACCUUCCUGUUUCCCAUGGUAAUGACGUUCAUGUCACUGGGAAUGGUGGUUCAGAUGAUGGCGUUUAUCUCAUUUCCACUCAAGGAAAGGGUGAGCAAUGCUAAGCAGCUGCAGCUCAUGACAGGGGUCUCUCCUCUCAUGUACUGGUUCACAACAUUCCUUUGUGACUUCCUUGUGUUCCUCAUCACCGCUGCCAUCAUGAUCGGCAUGGUUUACGUCUUCCAGGAUAACAGCAUCUUCUCAUCAUCCAACUAUAUGGGCACUUUGGUCUUAGUUUUUCUACUGUACGGUGUCAGUGGAAUUGCUUUCGCAUACUUUUACAGUUUUCUAUCUCAAUCCUCCAUCAAGGCUUCAGCCAUCUUCAUCAUCAUCAACAUGCUUGUAGGAACUGUGCUGGCAGUGUUUUUGGCCCUUCUAGGACGUGUAGAUAACAAGUACGAUAUUUACACCUUUAUUUUAAACUUCGACCCAAUUUUUGCUGCCACAAGUGCUUUCAUACACUUAUUCACAGCGAUGUACAUCGACGGCACUUGUUUACAAUGUGGGAAGGCGUGUUUCACUCAAGAUCCUUUACAGUUUUUGGAAACAGGGAGAGACUCCAAAAAUCCUAAUGGAAUUCUUAAUUUCCUAAUUUUCCUUGUUGUUGACUUCGUGAUUUACUUCGGUUUGGUCUUGAUGAUCGAGUACGGAGUUGCCAAGAAGCUGUGGUUCCUUAUAUCAAAGAUGUGGAUCAAAGCAGACUUUUAUGACAAGGAAGAAGAUCCUAAUGUGCUGAUUGAGAAGGAAAAAGUCAAUUCUUCCCAGAACUUACAAGGUUACUCCAGUGCGUCAGUUCUCCGAGUAAGAGACCUCGGGAAGAAAUACAACAACAAGACAGUGGCUGUGCGUGGAAUCACCUUCCAGGUAGGAAAGGGAGAAUGUUUCGGUCUGCUGGGAGUGAACGGAGCCGGCAAGACCACCACCUUCAAGAUGCUAACUGGCGAGGAGAUCCCCAACAAGGGAGACGCAUCAGUUGUAAAAUACAGCCUGAGGAAGAAUAAACAUAAGUUCCUAUCGCAGAUUGGCUACUGCCCCCAAUUUGAUGCCAUCAACAAACUGCUGACAGGCAGAGAGAUGCUUAGAGUGUACGCUCUACUCAGAGGAGUACCUUCUGCGCUCUGUGAGUCCGAGGUCACCAAAUGGGUAAACAUAAUGGGUCUGAAGGAGUACGCUGACCGACCUUGUGGCACGUACAGUGGUGGUAACAAGCGCAAGCUAAGCGCUGCCAUGGCGUUCAUAGGGGAGCCUCCAGUCGUGUUCCUGGACGAGCCCACUUCUGGAGUCGAUCCUGUCUCUAGACGUAAACUGUGGGAUGUGGUCUCCAAGUGUCAACAAGCGGGACAAGCCAUAGUCCUCACUUCUCACAGCAUGGAGGAGUGCGAGACAUUGUGCUCUCGGCUGACUAUUAUGGUGGCAGGGCAGAUGAAAUGUAUAGGCAGUGCACAAUUCCUAAAGCAGAGGUUCGGCCAAGGGUACACCGUUAAAGUGAAGCUACAGUCCACACAGACUGACAACGCUCUGAAGACGCUAAAACAGGAAAUGAUGUCACUCUUCUCUAACAGCUCCAUUAAAGAUGAGCACCUGGGACUUCUUGACUAUCACAUACCCAAUCCAUCUCUUUCACUAUCAGAACUGUUUUCAAAAAUGGAACAGUUAAAGAAGCGACACAACAUCAUAGAAGAUUAUAACGUCAGCGACACAACUCUGGAGCAAGUCUUCAUGUUCUUUGCACGAACGAGUUUACCACCCGAGAAGAUUCUGUGAUAUUGUUAAUUAUGCUCUUGAAUUAAACAAACUUUGUUUUAA